UCAAGAUGCUUGUCUCAGCACGUGGGAAUUCAUCAGUUGUCAAGGAACACUUCUCCUACAAAGUCAUAACUCUCAUCCGUGUCUCCUAAGCGCAAUGGCUACCGAAGGAGCAAAGAAACAGGGAUCAGACUUGGCCGAGAUGACCCUCACUGACUUCCUCAAGGGUGACCUCUCUCUCCCGCAGGUCAAAGAAGACCACCACUUUCUCGCGAGGCCUUCCGUUCCCUUCGCUUAUCGGGAGAGAAGAGGCCAAACCCGAGGGCGCGGCGGCAGCAGCAGGGACGGCGGGGGGCGGGGGGACCGACCAGCCGCCCCCCCGCAACCCAGGAGGCAGGGCGUGCGGGCGGGCGUGAUGGUGGCCCACGACCCGCCGCCCGUGAAACCGCUCCGGCAGAAGAGCAACUCGGCCCUCCAGAGCGAGUCUAUUCUUGCUAUGGGACUGCACGAGGCUAAGAAGGUGAGGGAGAGCGUCGGGAGAGCGGAGGGCGACGACGACCUGGAGGCGGUGCUGACGAACGGCCAACAGCAGGAGGAGGUCAGCUUCGUGUACCGUCAGAAGAUGCCUUUUCCGGCAGGUCAGCGGUGUCAUUUCUUCCCAGUGGCUGAUCUGUGUGACGUUCGGCGGGAUACUGUGCUAAAGCUGUUAGUGGGUUUACUGAAUACCGGAGAGCGAGGGGUGGUGUACGUGGGCGUGGCAGAGGAUGGCACUGUACACGGGGUCACCGCCGAUGCACAGAUGGUCGCUCAGUUCGUACAUGGAAUCAUGAACACUGUAAAGAUCUACCUCAUGCCCCGUCUUCAUGUCCCGCAGUAUGGAGUCCGAUACACCAACGUAAUGGCGAGCAGCGGCCAUAUCCUGAAUAACGUGUGGGUGGUGGAACUUCACGCCAUUCCCCAGAUGGAACACUACUACAACCCGAUAAUGGACUUGACCUACCACAUCCGCCACGGCACGGCCACCAAGUCCCUCUCCUUCCCGUCCUUCUGCCACGCCGUCGUCGCCAAGACCGCCGAGGGCAUGGACGAGGAGGUCAAGAGGCUCCAGGACCGCGUGACCCGUCUGGAGGAGGCGCUGGAGGAGGCGGGCGUGGAUGUCUCCUCCGUGGGGCCUCACGUGUGUGCGCUCUGUUACUUCAGCGACUGUCCGACGCAGUGUUAUGGCAAGAGGGCGCUGGCGGAGAGGAAGUGAUCCUGUGCUCCUUGUAAAUAAUUUGGAUGAACAACUUGGAUAACAGUGUGAAUGAACAACUUGGAUAACGGUGUGAAUGAACAACUUCUUGGAUAACAGUGUAAAUUAACAGCUUCAUGGAUAACAGUGUGUUUGAACAACUUCUUGGAUAACAGUGUGAUUGUCAUAACAUGAAGAACAGCUUCGUGAACAACUGAAUAUGUUUACUAACUUCGUAAAUAACAGAAUGCGAAUGAACAACUUCGUCAGUAACAUAAGAUGAAUAACAACUUCCUUAAUCAAGAUGUCACGAACAACUUACUAUAUUUAAGUUUUGUGAAUGAAAUGCUGACAUUCUGAAGUAUGAACAGUAUUUUAUCUAUAAUACGAUUAAACACUUAAACAUGAACUAUGAACAUUGCUAUGACAACUGAUAUGUUGUUCGUUAUAGUAAGGUUGUCACUAUAUACGUAAAGAUUAAUCUAGUCACUCAGGUUGUAAGGCUAAUGGAUAUUGGAUUUAUGGAUAAUUAAUAAUCUGAGAGUAAGUAUGGACCGUUAGGAUUAUAGAUUGAAAUGAGGAAUGGAAAGGGAAUGUGAUAAAGAGAGAGAUAAAGAAGAAUUAACUCCUAAGAGAGAAAAAAGAGAAAGUAAAGGAAAUAAAACUUGAACAAAGG